UGUUCUGUUUUUUGUGCUUCCUCUUCUUGGCGCGUCGUUUUGUCUUGGCAUUUUACCAUUUCUGCCUCGUUUGCCGCUGAAAUGUGAAAUAAUCGAAUCAGACAGCUUGCAAAUGGCCCAGUAUACGCCCAGCCAGCGGCUGGCCACGCCCACCGCCCAGGAGUUUGGGUUUCCCUAUCCACCGUACGCAAUCCAGGAGCAGCUGAUGCAGGAGCUCUUCCAGGUGCUCGAGAGGGGUCAGGUGGGCAUAUUCGAGAGUCCAACGGGAACGGGAAAGUCCCUGACGCUCACCUGCGGCGCACUCACCUGGCUGGCCAGGCACGAGGAGCUGGUGCGCACGGAAAUGCUGGCAAGGAUUCGCCGCGUGGAGCAGGAGUUGGCCAAACUGAAGGAGGAGAGCGAGCAGUCGAGCGACUGGCUGGAGAGCCAGGGAAAGUCCAGAGCACAGCGGGAGGAACUCCACAGGCUGCAGCACCUGCAGGAGCUGGUGGACAAGCAAGAGCAGCAGCUGGCGCAAAUCAAGAAAGGGGCCACAAAGCAUAGGAAGCAAGGAAGGGCGCAGCCAGGCAAGCUCGGGGAACAGGAGAAGGACCCGGAGUUGAGCUCCGACUCGGACUCAGAUCACGAAACCGAAGAUGGCCCACAGGAAACGGCCGAAGACCGCUAUCGUCCUGUGCAAAUAUUCUUUUGCAGCCGCACCCACUCGCAGUUGGCACAAAUUGUGGCGGAGCUGCGGAAAACACCGCAUGGCCAGUCGGUGAGGUGCAUUUCCCUAGGCUCUCGACAGCAAUUGUGCGGGAAUCCCCAAGUGCGCAGGCUGAAGCAUGUGGGCCUGAUGAACGAGCGAUGCCUGGAUAUGGCUACCAAGAAAUCCCGCCCCAAUCCCAGCAAGAAAAGUCGGCUAAGUGCAGAGGCCAACAGUAGAUGCCCGUUUAAGGCGGCUCCUCUGGUGGAGUCCCUCAGGGAUUUGGCCCUGAGUGAGCCGUUGGACAUUGAGGAGCUGGCCAAUGAGGGAGCUGCCUGCGGAGGCUGCUCGUAUUACGCCUCGCGAUCCGCUGUAGAGCACGCCCAACUUGUACUGCUGCCGUAUCAACUGCUGCUGCAGAAGUCCGCCCGCAACCAGCUGGGCAUCAGUCUCAAGGGCUCCAUCGUAAUAGUCGACGAGGCUCACAACUUAUUGGACAGCGUGGCCCAGCUGCACGGCUCUGAAAUCAACCGCCAGCAGCUGGAGAGGGCCAAGGUGCAGAUCACCGGCUAUAAGGAGCACUUCCAGAAACGUUUCAGCACCAAGAAUCUCCUAAAAAUCAACCAAAUCAUCUUCAUAGUUCGCCGAUUGCUUAAAAUUCUAGAUCGCGGCAAGGAAACCCAGGCCAACAGCUGCAGCAUGAUGCGCACCUAUGACCUAACCGCCGAAGGUGACUUCUUCAACAUUGAUCUGUGUGAGCUGCUGGACUUUUGCGCCCGCUCUCGUUUCGCGCGGAAAGUACAGGGACAUGCGGACAGAAUGGAGAGGGAACCACGACCCAGUGAGAAUCAACCACCUGUGUCCACGGCGAGGAGUCUGAUCCUCCAGAGAUUGGCCAGCGAGCAAAAGCAGAAAGAGAAACCCAAGCCGGCCAAGAGGAAAGCGGACGACAGCGAGGAUAAAGCGGAGGAGUUUCAGGAACAGCAGAAGCCACCAAAGAAGCCGGUCCAGGAAGUAACUCCCUCGCCUAUAAGACCGUUGCUGGCAUUUCUGGAAACCCUCACCAGCAAUGCUGAGGAUGGCAGGAUUUUACUGGAUCCUGUGGGCGGAACCUUGAAGUACAUACUGCUCGAUCCUGCCGAGCAAUUCGCCGACAUCGUCGCAGAAGCCAGAGCGAUUGUAAUUGCUGGUGGAACCAUGCAGCCCACCCAGGAGCUGAAGGAGCAGCUGUUCACCAGCUGCCAGGACCGAUUGGUCGAGCGUUUCUACAACCACGUAGUUGAGGAUGAUGCGGUCUUGCCCUUCGUGAUAUCCAAUGGCCCAAGCGGUGCUCCACUGUCCUUCCAGUUUGCGCAUAGAGCUAGUGCCGAAAUGCUCCAGGAGCUCUCAAUGCUUCUUCGAAAUCUGUGCCAUGUGGUGCCGGGUGGAGUGGUUUGCUUCCUGCCGUCCUACGAGUAUUUGGACAAGGUCUACAAGUACCUGGAGCAGUCCGGAACCCUCGAGACGAUUCGGAGCAGGAAAAGCGUGUUUCGUGAAGUCUCCGGAUCGGCCGAGCAGCUCUUGGACAACUAUGCGCUGGCUAUCAAGAAACCCGCUUCGGGAGGAGCCCUGCUCUUGAGUGUCGUGGGGGGAAAGCUCUCCGAGGGCCUGAACUUCGCCGACGAUCUUGGCAGGGCAGUGCUCGUAGUGGGUCUGCCGUACUCCAACCGCCAGUCGCCGGAGCUGCGGCAGCGAAUGCAGCACCUGGAUGAGAAACUGGGACCCGGUGCGGGCAACGAAUACUACGAUAAUCUCUGCUUGAAGGCGGUCAACCAGUGUAUAGGACGGGCAGUCCGCCACAUCAAGGACUACGCCUGCGUGUAUUUGCUGGACAAACGGUUUGCGGAUCCCAAGAUACGCGGCAAACUGCCGAAAUGGAUUUCCCGCCACAUUGUGGAGUCGAACUCGGCGAAUGGCGGCUUUGGAGCAGUUCAAGCGCGCACUGCCAGGUUUUUCAAGAGCAGAUAAAUUAUACACCUUAUUCCAUAAGGUCUUUAA